GCUUUCAAUUUGACAUUCUGAGACAUUUUUCAAUGAAGUAUGUACACAUAAACUCCAGAGAGUCCAGCCAUGGCUUCCACCCAUUUCCUCUGCAGUCACCACCACCUCUACCCUUGUUCCAAUGCUAGAAAAAGCCCUCUUUCUUCUUCUUCAUACAGGCCACAUGGGUCUUCUUCUUCUUCUUCCCAUAAAAAAUAUCAAUCUCAAAGAAUUCAAUUUAUCAGAGCCAUGGCUUCUUCUGAUUCCAAAGCUGGUAAAAAACAAAUAGAGAUAGUGUAUGAUCCUGAUGAGAGGAUAAACAAAUUAGCUAAUGAGGUGGAUAAGAAUGCUGGACUUUCAAGGCUCACUCUAUUUUCACCUUCCAAGAUAAAUGUUUUCUUGAGAAUAACCAGCAAGAGGGAAGAUGGGUUUCAUGAGUUGGCAUCUCUCUUUCAUAUAAUAAGCCUGGGCGAUAAAAUUAAGUUCUCUCUGGCCCCUUCAAAAUCAAAGGAUCGGUUGUCAACCAAUGUGCCUGGAGUUCCGCUAGAUGAUAAAAAUUUGAUCAUCAAAGCCCUUAAUCUUUACAGAAGAAAGACCAGAACUGACAACUUCUUCUGGAUUCAUCUUGACAAAAGGGUUCCCACUGGUGCUGGUCUUGGCGGUGGAAGCAGCAAUGCUGCAACUGCUCUAUGGGCAGCAAAUCAGUUCAGUGGUUGUCUUGCUACAGAAAAGGAACUCCAAGAAUGGUCAAGUGAGAUUGGCUCAGAUGUUCCGUUCUUUUUCUCUCAUGGAGCAGCCUAUUGUACCGGUAGAGGUGAGGUCGUUCAAGAUAUUCCCCCGCCGAUUUCUUUUGACAUUCCAAUGGUUCUUAUAAAGCCUCCGCAGGCAUGUUCAACGGCUGAAGUUUACAAGCGCCUUCGGUUAGAUCAAACUAGUAAGAUUGACCCUUCAACCUUGCUGGAGAAGAUCUCUAGAAAUGGAAUAUCUCAAGAUGUUUGUGUCAAUGAUUUGGAACCUCCUGCAUUUGAAGUGCUUCCAUCUCUAAAAAGAUUAAAGCAACGCUUUGUUGCUGCAAGCCGUGGUCAAUACGAUGCUGUUUUCAUGUCUGGAAGUGGAAGCACUAUAGUUGGGAUUGGUUCUCCGGACCCCCCACAAUUUGUUUAUGACGAUGAUGAAUACAAAGAUGUAUUUUUGUCAGAAGCCAGUUUCAUCACUCGUGCAGCUAAUCAGUGGUAUGCAGAACCCGUUUCAACAAGUGCUGGGACAUUCGCAGAUCAGUCGUUGCCAGUUGAGUAGUUCAUCUUCUCGAUGUUGAUUGUCUCCCGUCGCAUGUUAUGAUCUCUAACUAGUUCCAUAUCAUGUUAUGAUCCCUAACUAGUUCCAUAUCGCUUGUUUCUGUAUCCUUUUAUUAAUGUUGUCAAUUUUUAAGAGUAUUUGAUUUUAUAAAUGUUGCCAAUUUUGAAGUGUAUUUGAUUUUUUUUCACAUUGGGGUGCUAUAUAUAAAAGGGUGGGGGCAUUAUUACACAA